AUGAGUAGUGAAAAUAUAAUUGAGUGGAAUAGAUUGGGUAAAUCGGGUUUGAAAAUAUCUAAAGUCAUCAUUGGAUUUAUGUCUUACGGUUCAAAAGAUUGGGCAGAAUGGGUUGAAGACGAUGAAGAAAAGAUAUUCAGGAUUUUGAAAAAGGCUUAUGAUAUGGGUAUUAGAACUUAUGAUACUGCUGACUUCUAUAGUAAUGGUGUUUCAGAAAUCAUUUUGGGUAAAUUUUUGAAAAAAUAUGAUAUCAAAAGAGAUAAGGUUGUUAUCCUUAAUAAAGUUUUCUUCCCAAUUGAUGAAGAUUUAGACUUGAGACAUACAGGUCUUGGUCCUCAUGUUAAUUCAAUUGAUCUUGUGAAUUCCAGAGGCUUAUCAAGAAAGCAUAUUAUUGAUGGUGUUGAAGGUUGUGUAAAAAGGUUAGGUACUUACAUUGAUGUUUUACAAAUUCAUAGAUUGGAUCCAGAAACUACAGGUGAAGAAAUUAUGAGAUCUUUGAACACUAUAGUGGAGAAGGGGUACACACGUUAUAUUGGUGCUUCAUCUAUGAGAGCAACGGACUUUGUUGAGCUUCAACAUAUUGCUGAAAACCAUGGAUGGCAUAAAUUUAUCUCCAUGCAAAAUUACUACAAUUUACUAUAUCGUGAAGAGGAAAGGGAAAUGAUCCCAUACUGUAACAAAAGUGGUGUUGGUUUAGUUCCAUGGUCACCAAAUGCUAGAGGUAUACUAACAAGACCCAUUGCAAAGACCACUGAUAGAAUCAAAUCAGAUCCAACGUUUGUUUCUUUAGGUUUAAACAAUUUAUCAGAAACAGAUAAGGAAAUUGUUAAUAGAGUUGAAGAGAUAUCAAAGAAAAGGGGUGUUUCAAUGGCAAUUGUCUCUAAUGCUUGGGUGAUUAGUAAAGGUGCCUCCCCUAUCAUUGGUUUAAAUAGUGAAGAUAGAGUUGAAGAAGCUGUUGCUGCUACAAAGUUUAAAUUGACAGAAGAGGAAACCAAAUAUUUAGAAGAGCCAUAUCAACCAAAAAGGGUGCUAGGCCACUCAUAA